AAGAAGAUUACAAUGUUGACUUCAGCCAAAAUUCUGUUGAUUUCAAUUUUGUCUAGUUUACUACUGUUUGGAAGCCAUGGGGAAGAAGGUCAAAAAACAAACACAACAGAAAGCACUGCCGAAGACUUAAAAACAAGGGAAAAUCAAUCUGUUCCUUUAGAAAGUAAAGCAAAUUUAACCUCAGAUAAAGAAAAUAGAGAAACCUCCAAUCCCAAGGCAAGUAAUUUCUCUUUUGAGGAUCCAUCAAAUAAAACACAUGAAACAGGUUUCUACAGUAAUCUGUCAACAGACAACUCUUCCAGGAGUCCGAGACUCAUGCCUACACUUUCCCCAAGACCUCCCUCAAUCCACAGCUUUGUUUCCAAACUGCCUUGGAACUCAUCCAUAGCAGAUAACAGUCUUCUGCCAGUUUCAGCCCCUCCCAAUACCACAGUUCCUGUGUCUUCAGAAAACUUUACCCGGUCUUCCAUCAAUGAUACCUUGAAAGCUUCUGACAACAGUUCCAUUACAGUUAGCAACCUCCCUUCAGGACCAAACACCGUAUCUGUGACCCCCAUGGUAACAGAUGGAUGGCCUACCACAACCAGAGAGAGCGUGGAGGGGUUUACCGUCUAUCAAGAAACAACUUUACAUCCCACCCUGAAAUUCACCAAUAAUUCAAAAAUCUUUCCAAAUACGUCAGACCCCCAAGAAGAGAACAGAAAUACAGGAGUAGUAUUUGGGGCCAUUUUAGGUGCUAUUCUGGGUGCUUCAUUGCUUAGUCUUGUCGGCUACCUUUUAUGUGGAAAAAGGAAAACAGAUUCAUUUUCCCAUCGGCGACUUUAUGACGACAGAAAUGAACCAGUUCUGCGAUUAGAUAAUGCACCGGAACCUUAUGAUGUGAGUUUUGGGAACUCUAGUUAUUACAACCCAAGUGCAAAUGAUUCAUCUACUUCAGCAGGUGAAGAAAAUGCGCAUGACGGCAUUCCUAUGGAUGACAUACCUCCGCUUCGCACCUCAGUGUAA